UGAAUCUAACCUUUUCUCUCUUUAUUCCUCGCCGAUUUCUCUCUCUGCAGCGCCGCCGGCGUAAGCUACGGACAUUUCUCCGCCCUCCGGUCUCGUAGAUCUGCCAGGCAGGAGGGGGAACUUUGAAAAGUCGUAGCUUCAUCUCCAGUGUGGGGAGGGCACAAAAAUUGUUGCUAGAUGUGCAGAUGAGCACUGCAGAUGUUAUUUGCAGCAGAGGGAGGAGGGUUCUUCUCUUCAUCGGCUUCUGGUUAUAGCAAGGGCCUAGCCCUUCUUAUCUUGGGGCAUAAGAAUGAAGACAAACCUGUGAGGGUGUCCUCAUGGAACCGAUACCAUUUGGUGCAUCAGGAACCUGAUACCAACUUACAUUUCGCUUCCUUUAGGAACCGAUUUUCACGUGCUUGCACCUCUUUUAUUUGUUUUCGUCGCACUUCUGCUGGACCUGGCAGUCCGUCCCAUCUUAAAGUUGACCCUUCUCAACCAAAAGAUGUCCCCUCUGGUUCUCCUGUGCAUCACGAAGGGAGGAAGAACUGUUCACCUUGUAUUGAUGAUAGCAGCGAAGAAACCAGAAGGUUUGCACUUAAGAGCAGCCUGAAGAAAAGGUCAUUUAGUGAUGCAAUUCCUGUUGAUGAUGUGAAUAGACAAGACACGCUGGAUCAAUUAGAAAGGAGGAAAGUGCAGUGGCCUGACACCUGUGGGAUCGAGCUUGCUGAGGUCAGAGAAUUUGAACCUAGUGAAAUCGGUGGAUCAGAUGAUGAGCUCCAACAUGGAACCGGGAAAAGCUGUAUGUGCACAAUAAUGUAAAGGUCUUCUCAGUUUGCAGCUCGGAAACGCUGGCGGCAGAGUCAGAUUGGUUUCCAGAACAACAAAAGUCAGAAAUCGGGGCUCAGAACAAAACCAUUGUCAAAGCUGAGGUAGAUACAUUUUCCCGGACAAAAUCUCUCUGUAUUGUCUUAUCCUGUGCUCGUAUCGUGGCUUUGGUCCUUUGUCCCUGUAUUAUAAUAUAUAGAGAGAGAGAGAGAACGAGAGAGGGAUAGAGAGGAGGGAGGUGAGAGAAAGCUCAGUCCAUGCAUAUUUCAUGUACAAGAUCGUAUAAGAUAGACCAGGAAUCUUAGGCUUGAUAACUUUUGUAUUCAUAUCCCCAGAUGAGAUCGUAUCCAUUUGUUGCGUACCCUUAUGUGCACUAUUAAAUGUAUUUGUGCAUUUCUCUUUGUUC